CUCAACCACAGAUAGGUAUCUUCAGAGGAGCUGUUCUCAUACCUUGAGAUUCAGGACUCUGACAAGACAGAAGCAACAACUGAAACAAAGGCUCUAAAAAGGUGCCUCUGUGACCAGGUCCUCCUGCCUUGAUGGAUUAUACACUCGAGCCCAAUGUGACAAUAACUGACUACUACUAUCCUGAUAUCAUCUCAAGCCCCUGUGAUGGGGAACUCAUCCAGAAAGGGAGCAAGUUGAUUCUUGUCAUCUUUUACUGCCUCCUGUUUGUCUUCGGUCUUCUGGGAAACAGCCUGGUGAUCCUGGUCCUUGUGAUCUGCAAGAAGCUGAAGAGCAUCACAGAUGUGUUCCUCUUGAACCUGGCUCUGUCCGACCUGCUUUUUGUCUUCUCCGUCCCUUUUCAGACUCACUAUCAGCUCUACCAGUGGGUGUUUGGGGCUGUAAUGUGCAAGGUGGUGUCUGGCUUUUAUUACAUUGGCUUCUUCAGCAGCAUGUUCUUUAUCACCCUCAUGAGCAUAGACAGGUACCUGGCAAUUGUCCAUGCUGUGUAUGCCAUGAAAGUGAGGACAGCCAGACUGGGCACAGCCCUGAGCCUGGCAGUAUGGCUGACCGCCAUCAUGGCCACCAGCCCACUGCUGGUAUUUUACCAAGUGGCCUCUGAAGACGACAUCCUACAGUGUUACCCGUCUUACAACCAUCAGACUUUGAAGUGGAAGUUGUUCAUCCACUUUGAAAUGAAUAUCUUAGGCCUGUUGAUCCCGUUCACUAUCCUUAUGUUCUGCUACAUUAGCAUCCUGCACCAUCUGAAGAGCUGCCAAAACCACAACAAGACCAAGGCCAUCAAGUUGGUGCUUCUGGUGGUCAUCGCAUCUUUACUCUUCUGGGUCCCAUUCAAUGUGGUCCUCUUCCUCACUUCCCUGCAUAACAUGCACAUCUUGGAUGGAUGUGUCAUGAGCCAGAGGCUGAUUUAUGCCACCCAUGUCACAGAAACCAUUUCCUUCACUCACUGCUGUGUGAACCCUAUUAUCUAUGCUUUCAUGGGUGAGAAGUUCAAGAAACACCUCUCAGAAAUAUUUCAGAAAAUUGGCAACCACAUCUCCCUCUACGUAGGGAGAAAAGUCCCCAGAGAAGGCUGGGAGAGAUCAUCCUCCUUUCAGCAUUCCUUCCGUUCCUCCACCACGGACUACAUUUUGUGAGGAGGGAGUCUCAGGGUGAGCUUCUGCUUUCACCACCACUCUUCCU